UGUGCUCGCAUCUCAAUUUCGAGGCGAUUCGAUACGAUCGUGAGGCAGGCCGCUUAAGCGCUUCGCCGGAUCGACCGCUAGACUUCAAACACGGGUGUAACUCAGAGCAGGCACCUGCGUUGGGAACUGAUAACUGAGGUGACUCCGUGUUUAAGCGCCAAGCUAAGCAUCAAGAACAGUCGAUCCAUCAGAUUAGGAGUCCGACGGGCCUGUUCAUCCUGUCCCAGCAACCAGGUACAUCCCUCCCAUCUCGAGAUGAACCCUUAUCAUCAAGCUUCCUUACGAAGAGAGCAAAACAAAAACAACGUCUCUUGGACGGUUGGGAACUAUCAACCAAUCAUAUCCACCUCAUCAGUAAUAACACGGGUACCAUACUGUAUACGAGUCCCUUUCCCCCCAUCCUCAACCACACGAGAAGGAGACGUGGUUAAAUCUCGGCAUCUCCAAACCCUACCACAUCCGCGUCGCCCGACAUCCUCCCCAACCGCGAACCACGGUUCAACCCAGAGCCGGACAGACAGCUCAACGUCGAUCCCACCCAAACAGGCAAUCUCAUCGAACCCUCGUCGAAGCCUCCAUGCCCGAGAAUUGCCCCUCACCGAGGAAUUGCCUGCCCGGCCGGCCCCCUCGAAGGCAAAUAUUCGGGGCGAUGAACAACGAUGAUCCGAAGAUCACUGGCGGUGGAUGUCUGGGCCAGGGCCAACCGUCCACAUGAUACGAUCAGUAGAAAAGUGGAUGUUGCAUACGUGCCACAACUCACUGCCACUAGGCUAAAGUUACUAGACACAGCCGAGCCGACCAGACCAGACCAGCCUAAGAUAAGUCCUCUGCUCUGUAGAUAGGCAGUGCCGGGGCAGCGAACCAUUGUUUGCGAUGGAGACUGGGACCGCGUAGUCUGGGUUGACUUUCGUACCACUCGUGGAUGUUUGUUUGUUGUUUACAACCUUAAAAUAGAGUCGAGUAUACGUAUGUGCUUGGCUGUUGUUUCUUCUAACGGUGAAACACCAUCUUGUUUUGAGGUUAACGUAUGCCGAAUAUUUCAUUCUGUUUUGGGGGGUCUUUUUGUAACCAUCACAAGGAGAUUUUAGUCCGCUGCAGAACUGCAGCCCAAUUAUUGGGUCGCUGCUUCAUCCGAUGCAUCCGGAUCCUGAUCGGGUUAGGUCGGUUGGCUUUCAGUGUCCUUCACAGUAGACCUGGAUUAACGUUCCCUUGCUUGUCUGGGAGA